CUACUCUACUCUACUCUAUUCUAUUCUAUUCCAUUCUAUUCUACUUUUGACUGCAGCUUGAUGAUUCUGAGUUGAUUAAAAUCCAUGUGUCUGCCUUUCUGAUGCUUCCCCUAUGAAACCUGUGGGGUAGGUGAAUUACCAGGAAGAAUGACAGCUGCAGGCAAUAAAUGAGGACAGCAAUACAAGGUUCGGUGCUGGGCAGAGCCUCGUAAAUCAUAAGGAGAGGGCCGGUCUGUGGGGCUGACAAAUAGCUGAGCAGCUGCAAGUAGCUGCUUUCCAGGUAAGAAUGAUUGCUUUGGCUUCUGGGAAGCUGUUCAGAAAUUGCCUCUCCUGCAGCAUCUAGGUGUCCUUCUCCACGGCAGAGAGAGAGUCAGGGCUACAAGGAUUAAAAGAACGGCUGUCACCUCUCCGAUUUGAUACCGUGUACCUACCCAUGCUGUGGACUUUCCAUUUGUGCGCCAUUUAGCGGGAGCUUUUCCUCUUCAGUCUGUAAACUGCCCCUCUCCCCGAGUUCCUGUUGGGAAAUUAAUGUCUAGGAAAUUAAGGGAAGAUUGGGAGCCAGGACUGGGUUUUGCCUUUCAAACUUUCCUGCCGUGGGGAAAAGCUGCCUGCCGUUCGCUCGCAAAGGCCGCUUGUUGAAAUGAAGGUGGAAAAAAGAAAAGAGAGAAGAGAGAAUUUAAGGAGAAAGUGACGUUGAAAGAGUUGGCCUUUCUAGCCCACCCUACGUCUCCUGACCACUUCACCCUGCAUCGGAUGAAAAGCUUGGUCCUCAUCGACAAGCCUCCGUGAUUGGCUAGAAAGGAACGGCCUUGAAGACUGCAGGAAUUGCUCUGACUUUCCACCCCCUCCUCCUCCUUCUCCUCCUCCUCUCUGUUUGUUAAGAGCUCCGGUGUGUUAAUUGACGUUGGCCUCUUCCAAGAGUUAAAAGAAAGAAUCUGAGGAACUUACUGUACAAGAUCACAUUUGCCUUUUUUUAAAAAAAAAACAACAAGCAAGUGGGAGAGACGAUUCAAACCAGCAAUUUUUUCCCUAAAUGGAAAAUAGAUCCUGUUAUGUGAAGUCUCAGAAGGUCUAGGGUGGCACAGCUCCUGGAGAGGAGAUGCUUACGAGACACUUAGCUUGAGGGAUUUUAAUGGCUUUCAGGUAGAACUGAAGUGGAGACAAUCGAAAUGAAUUCUAUGGACAGACAUAUACAGCAAACUAAUGACCGGCUGCAGUGUAUAAAACAGCAUUUACAGAAUCCUGCCAAUUUCCACAAUGCAGCUACUGAACUUUUGGAUUGGUGUGGUGAUCCAAGAGCUUUCCAAAGGCCCUUCGAACAGAGUCUAAUGGGCUGUUUGACGGUUGUUAGCAGAGUGGCAGCACAGCAGGGUUUCGACUUGGACCUUGGAUAUCGGUUGCUAGCUGUUUGCGCAGCCAACAGGGAGAAGUUCACACCAAAAUCAGCUGCACUGCUUUCAUCGUGGUGUGAAGAACUCGGAAGACUCCUGUUGCUACGCCACCAGAAAAGCCGGCAAAACGACCCUCCGGGGAAGCUGCCCAUGCAGGCACCCAUGAACUCCAUGAAACCUUCCCUUUCACACAGGUGCAUUUGUGACGGCUGCCACCUUGACAGACCCCAGAGAUUGAAACGGGGACCUCCAGAGCUGAAAGCUGAUGGAUCAUUUCCUUAUGACUCUGUUCCUUGGCAACAAAACAGUAACCAGCCACCAGGCUCCCUAUCGGUGGUCACGACAGUAUGGGGUGUGACUAACACAUCCCAAAGCCAGGUGCUGGGGAAUCCCAUGGCCAACGCCAACACUGCUAUGAACCCAGCAGGGAACCCCAUGGCUUCUGGGAUGACGGCCAGCAAUCCUGGCCUGAAUUCCCCCCAGUUUGCUGGACAGCAGCAGCCCUUCUCGGCCAAGGCCAGCUCCAAUCAGUCCUACAUUCAACAAGGCAUGUACGGACGACCCAACUACCCUGGCAGCGGAGGCUUUGCGGGAAGCUAUCCAGGAGGCCCUAACAAUCCAGCUGGGAUGGGGAUGCCGCCACAUACCCGACCACCAGCUGAUUUCACUCAACCCGCUGCUGCUGCAGCUGCGGCUGCUGUGGCCGCCGCUGCCGCCACGGCCACAGCGACAGCUACCGCAACGGUUGCAGCACUGCAGGAAACCCAAAACAAGGAAAUGAAUCAAUACGGACCGGUUUGUUCCUCUUUCCAGAUGGGUCCGGCCCAGCCUUACAACAGCCAGUUCAUCAACCAGCCUGGCCCUCGAGGUCCCGCUUCCAUGCCAGCCAACCUGAAUCCGGCGUCCAUGGGGGCAAGCAUGACGCCUUCCAGUAUGAGCGGGCCACCCAUGGGCAUGAGCCAGGCCAGGCCUCCAGGAAUGAGCCCUUUCAACCAUGGGCAGAGGAUGCCCCAACAAGCUUACCCUGGUCCACGUCCCCAGUCAUUGCCCAUGCAAAGCAUGAAGAGAACAUAUCCUGGAGAGCCAAAUUAUGGAAACCAGCAGUAUGGACCAAAUAACCAGUUUCCAUCCCAGCCUGGCCAGUAUCCCGCUCCCAAUCCUCCAAGACCCCUCACCUCACCCAACUACCCAGGGCAGAGAAUGCCAAGCCAGCAAAACACGGGGCAAUAUCCUACCCCAGCCGUUAACAUGGGGCAAUAUUACAAGCCGUCAAGGCCUGUCCCUGUAGCAAAUUACCCUCACUCACCUGUUCCAGGAAAUCCUACGCCACCUAUGACGCCCGGCAGCAAUAUGGCGCCAUACCUGUCUCCUAACCAAGAUGUCAAGCCGCCCUUCCCACCAGACAUUAAGCCAAAUAUCACUGCUUUGCCCCCACCUCCAGCCAGCCAUAACGACGAGCUGCGCCUGACGUUCCCCGUGAGAGACGGGGUCGUCUUGGAGCCCUUCCGGCUGGAGCACAACCUGGCGGUCAGCAACCACGUCUUUCACCUGCGGCCGACAGUCCAUCAGACCCUCAUGUGGAGAUCAGACUUGGAGUUACAAUUCAAGUGUUAUCACCACGAAGACCGGCAAAUGAACACCAACUGGCCAGCCUCAGUCCAGGUCAGCGUCAACGCAACUCCACUCACCAUUGAACGGGGUGACAACAAGACAUCGCAUAAACCCCUGCACCUCAAACACGUUUGCCAGCCAGGAAGAAACACAAUUCAAAUCACUGUCACGGCAUGCUGUUGUUCCCAUUUGUUUGUUUUGCAGUUAGUACACCGGCCUUCGGUCCGCUCUGUCCUCCAGGGCCUAUUAAAGAAACGCCUGCUUCCAGCUGAACAUUGCAUCACAAAAAUCAAGAGAAAUUUUAGCAGCGUGGCUGCCUCUUCGGGCAAUGCACCUCUCAAUGGGGAAGAUGGUGUGGAGCAGACAGCCAUCAAAGUCUCUCUCAAAUGUCCAAUCACAUUCCGGCGGAUCCAGCUGCCAGCAAGAGGUCACGAUUGCAAGCACGUACAGUGUUUCGAUCUGGAAUCCUACCUCCAGCUGAACUGUGAACGAGGCACUUGGAGGUGCCCUGUAUGCAAUAAAACAGCUCUGCUGGAGGGCCUGGAGGUGGAUCAGUACAUGUGGGGCAUUUUGAACGCUAUACAAAACUCCGAGUUUGAAGAAGUCACAAUUGAUCCAACGUGCAGCUGGAGACCUGUCCCCAUCAAGUCUGACAUUCACAUUAAGGAUGAUCCAGAUGGCAUUCCUUCUAAAAGGUUCAAAACCAUGAGCCCCAGCCAGAUGAUCAUGCCUAAUGUGAUGGAGAUGAUUGCUGCCCUGGGUCCAGGUCCAUCUCCCUAUCCAUCCAUCCCACCACCCCCCGGGGGCACCAAUUCCAGCGAAUACAGUAACCAAGGUAACAGUUACCAAGGUCACAGCAAUUUUGAUUUUCCCCACGGGAAUCCCGGCGGGACAUCUAUGAACGACUUCAUGCAUGCCCCCCAGUUGUCACACCCGCCGGAUAUGACCAGCAACAUGGCAGCGCUUGAUAAACCUCUAAGUCAUCCCAUGCAGGAACCUAUCCCUCAUCCUGGCAACACUGAUCAAUCCCAUAGCUCCAUGCCGCAAAGUUUGCACGUCCCUCAUCCCAGCAGCCAGUCAGGGCAGCCAUUACAUCACAGUGGGCCCCCGACUCAGCCGUCCCGCCAGCCGACCCAGGCCGCUGCUAGCAACCAUCCGCACAGCGACCUGGCUUUUAACCCCUCGGCAGCUUUAGAAGCGCAACCCGGCGGGCAGGGAACGUCCGAUAUGCCGGAACCAUCGCUGGAUCUGCUUCCCGAACUCACAAAUCCCGAUGAGUUACUUUCCUACUUGGAUCCUCCUGACUUACCAAGCAAUAGCAACGAUGACCUUCUCUCUCUUUUUGAGAACAACUGAAGCCUUCUGCAUUUCACUCCCGAGACCUUUUGACACACAACCCCCAUAGCUUCACAAGCGAGGAAUCUCGAGUUACUCUUUCCCACGAGGACAAGCUCACCGCUUGAGCGUACAGCACACACUCCUUCCUUCCUUCCUGCACCUCGGACCUGCUCAAGUCCCAAGUUCGGAUCGUGACAGUGGAGAGAAGCAAGAGGGACAAUCUGGGGUUGACCUCUUAGACUGCUGGGCCACAUCGCAGACCGUUCGUACAGCUGUGGGAAACCUCUCUCUUUGGGCUCGUUCUGCGGAGCGAAAGAGUGGACAACUUUGGGGAUAUCCAGCAAGGAGCAUCCCAACUAGUCCCAGCAAGGGAAGAAAGAAGCAGCAACAAGUCCAUCCUUGACCAGUUUCAGAGUGUCUUUCCAGCCGGUGUUCUUCCAUACAUCUCCUUCCUUUGGCUGUAAUGUCUAUUCCACUCGGUCCUCCCCAAGUUAUGCAGAUUCCAGUCUAUUUGUCAGACGAAAUAAGGACUACCGUUGGCAGCACAGAAAAGACUUGGAAUUCGAAAAUACCAAAAAGCACAAAGUAAUCAGUCACGUCACAAGUAGGGUACACAUACAACAUGUAUCAGAGGGUGACAUCAGACAGUGGGGCUUCCCCCCCACCCCCGUGAUGGGAGAGUCCUGUGAAAUCUCCAGGUUUUGGCAAGCGUAUUUUUUUUCUUUUGUUUUCUAGCCAAUUGUAGCAUCUUUUAUUUAAUCGCUCUUGUGGGCAGAGCAACUCUCUCCCUUUACACAAUGCGUUGUGGUCCGACUUCUCGUGUGUUUUUCGACAAACGUUUUCUCUCAGUUGAUGGUCUUUUUGGGUAAGAGAACAGCCAGUUCCCUGGGGGAGGGGAAGGGAAAGGAAAGAAAAACGGGAGAAAAGCGAGAACCUUAUUUGCAUACGAAGUAAUAAGAAAAGCCUGCAAAAAUAUUAGCCGUGAGGAUGUUCUCUUUACUCAGACAAGUUAGAAAAUUGCUCAGUUCCUACAGGAGACAGGAAAAGGGAAGGGACAGGAAAAAAGACCCCCUUGCAAAGAGAGGGAAGGGGUUCAAAGUCAAAAUGGCCACCAUAACCAGGGGAUCAAAACUCUGCCCCUUUUUAACCUGCAGGGUGCGGAAUGGGACAACUUGGUGCAGCUAACUCACCGCAGUCAACUCGCCAUGGCCACCUCACCAUGGCCAUCUCACUGCAGGACAGUUCAACAAUUCAAUUUAAGUUGUCAGAUGUCCAGCUAGCAAAUCCAAGAGGGGAACUCCUUGGAUAUCCUUCUUCCCAAAAUUAACAUUUUUAUUGAAUACACUAGCCUGGCACAGUAGAAGCAAAACCCAGCUCUGGUUUUCCCACUCAACAUCCACACGGUUAAACUUGAAUUCCCCUUGGCCAUUCCCCUCAGUCCACGGAGUUGUCCAAUCGAAUACGCUCCUUUUGUUCUGGGAACACCUACGCAGCGUGACCUUGAAGGGAGGAGCAGGGUCUCAUGGGCUGCAAUUGGCGAGCCUUAGCAAUCCAUUCCCAUCCCGGACAUGAUUAGAAAUUUCUUCUUGGCUCUCAACUUGACAUAUGUAUUUAAAAUAAUUUGAAAGUUAUUUUAAUUUUUCCCCUUUGCACCUCCAUUUGUCCCUCCUUUGGCCUCCUUUCUUUAACGAUUCUAUUCCACCAUUUCUUCGAUAUUAGUGUAGCUCUCGUCCCAUGGCGAGUUAGGCCACAGCGUGUUGUCCCAGACCCUGAAGGGUGGGAGAUGCAAGUUAAAAAAAA